AUGCGCUCAACCCUCAUUUUCGCAGCAUUUCUAGCUCUCGCAUCUCCUACUCUGUCUCUAGUUGCAGGUAGCGGUGAAUCUGAGCAGCAGGUCAUGGAAGCCAUCAAUGGUUCGGUACAUACCUUUGAGAGCUGGAGUUGGGUGAACUGUGGACUAUCCGACGAUGGAGUGAAGAUAGAAUCGAUUCAGAUUUCUCCAGACCCUCCCAAACCUGGAAAGGAUUUAACCGUCACCGUGAAGGCGUUGGUUCAGAGAGAAAUAAAAGAAGGAGCAAAUGCAAACGUUAUAGUGAAAGUUGGUUUGAUCAACAUAAUUAAGAAAAAUUACGAUAUCUGUGAAGAAGCUCGCAAGGCGAAUGCAACAGUCCAGUGCCCUGUGCUACCCGACUCGUAUACAAUCUCCCAUACAGUAGCUCUUCCUAAGGACAUUCCUCCAGCCAAUUUUAAUGUCGAAGUGAAAGGGUUAACCCCAGAUGAUACCGACAUGUUCUGUGUCAAAUUGACAGCCGAUUUUUCGAAGGCAUGA